UUUAUAUAAAUAAAUAUCAGAUUCCUCAUAAGAAGAUGUCCAAACGGUUAAGAAAUGGGCCCUACGUAACUAAACAACGUCGAUUUCUAGAAGACUUCGAAACAUUCUUCCAUGUAAGCGACUCGGAUUCAGAUACAAUGAACGUCACUGGCUAUGCGAGUUACCAGAAACCCCACAAUUUAAAUAGAAUUCAGCCUUUAAUUCUAAAGUCAGCAACCGAAAAUAACGAAUUGAGUCCCAUCAGGAAAUCAAGGAUUGGCUAUAAUACCAUAGAGAAUUCUCAUUCUACUCAAGUGUUGGAAGAACUUUCAAGCAAAGAAAUUAAUCUUAAGGACGUUAUGGAUAUAGCUUUAACAACGUUGUCAUUUUUAUCAUUUGGAAUGUUUGUUUUGCAAAUACUAACAUUCGUUACUAAUGAAAACCUUGAUGUAAACAAUAUUAUGUUGACACAUCCAGUUUCAACGACUUUCAUUAGCGGAGGAGAUGAAAUUGAAGAAGUUCGAAGAAAGAAAAGAUCAUCUUCAAAACUAUUAAUCCCCAUGAAGUUCGAUAGCCUUGCUCGCAGGUCUUUGUGUUUAUUGGACUUGUAUUUCAAUGCAUCUGGUAUUCAUUAUCCUUUUUACUACUCUCUUAUCACAAAAUAUGACGAAAUAAUGAGCAACAAAUUAUUUGAUGGCAUAUUUUUGAUACCGAUUUGGAGGUUUUUACAAGCUGACAAAAUACAUGAUGAAAAAUAUCUACAUUAAAGCAUUUAUAUCAUACUAGCGGACCCAACAGACGUUGUCUCGUCCGACGUCUUAAGUGUAAACUUUGAAUUUAGCUGUAUCAUUAAGAUCGUUUUGAUGAAAAUCGAC